AUGCAAGCAAUCGCCACUGCUGCUUUGAUUUCCGGAAGAAGAUUAUUAGCUCAUAACUACCGGAAAGGUAUCACUCUUCUUCCCUCUCUCAAUUUCAGUUUCAACUUUUACCCAUUGUUGUCAGCUGAUAGUAAUACACUUCUCUUUCAUACCCAAAUUUCAACCAAUCCUAGCCCUAACCCUAACCGUAAUCCUAGUCCUAAUCCUAAUCUUCUUGAUCAUCGGAAACAACUACCCAAAUUUCUGUUAGAGAAAUCCAAAUUGGGGUUUGGGUUGAUGGCUAUACCCAAUCGAGUAGAUUCUGGGAUUUCUGUCUUAAGUAGCUUCUUCAAACUUGGUUAUGUACCAUGUGUACAUACUUUCAACACUCUAAUGAAUGGGUUCAUUUUACAAGACAAGACUGGCAAGGCCAUGGAAUUGUUUAAUAAAUUGGUAAGAGAGGGAGAAAUCAAACCUGAUGGAGUUAUCUACGGAACUAUUUUAAAUGGGUUUUCCAAGAUAGGAAAUACUACAACUGCUAUAAGGCUUUUUAGGAGUAUGAAAAAAUGGAACUAUAAGCCUAAUGUUGUGAUGUAUAACACAAUUAUUGAAGGUCUUUGCAAGGACAAAAAUGUAGAUGAUGCUUUGAGCCUCUUAGUGGAAAUGACCCAGCAGGAUAUUACACCAGACUUGAUCACUUACAACACUUUGAUUCACGGACUAUGUAAUUUACGCCGGUGGGAGGAAGCAACAAUAAUGUUGAGAGGCAUGACAGACCGGAAUGUUUUUCCAAAUGUUCAUACCUUUACGACACUGAUGCAUGCAUUAUGCAAGGAAGGGAUGGCAAAAGAAGUAGAGAGUGUUCUUGAAUUCAUGGUCCAAAGAGGUGUUGGUCCCGAUGUAGUCACAUACGGUACACUGACGUAUGGUUAUUUUUUGCGAGGCCAAAUGGACAAAGCAAUAAAAGUCUUUCAUUCCAAGGUGGAUAAGGGCAUUGAGCCGAACAUUCAUUGCUAUAACAUUUUGAUCAAUGGAUAUUGCAAAAAUAUGAAAAUUGAAGCGGCCAUGAAUCUUUUCCUUGAAAUGCCUUGCAAAGGAUUGAAACCCACAAUUGAUACUUACAAUACUAUGUUGCAGGGAUUGUUUGGGGUUGGUAGGUGUUCUACUGCUCAAGGACUUCUGACUGAGAUGCAAGCUAAUGGUCAGACUCCAGAUUAUUAUACUUAUUGUGUCCUGUUGGAUGGAUUAUCCAAGAAUGGCCAUAUUGUUGAAGCAUUGUUGUUGUUUCAGGAGCUAGAACGCAGAUAUAUUACUAUGCACAGUAUUUAA